AUGAGUGAUAAAAAUUCAAAUAGUUCAAAUCAAUUUAUAAACUACUAUCCACAUGAUUACUUACCUUAUCGAACAACACCAAAUGAUUCUUUAUAUCUUCCUCCAUUUAAUCCACCUUUAAGAAAUAAUAAUUUGGAAUAUUAUAUACCACCAAUGCAAAAUAGUCAUUCAUUUAUAUCACAAAAUAAUAAUACUAUAAACUACCAACCAAAUUCUAUGUAUGUAUCUAAUGAGGAAAUUACAAAAAAAAUAGUUGGAGGAUCGACUAAAGAGACAAUUAAUAUGCUAAGCGAUGAUGAAAUAGUUGAUAAAGCAAUUGAUGAAAUGGUUGAUGAAAUAGAUGAUGAAAUAGAUGAUGAAAUAGUUGAUGAAAUGAUUGAUGAAACGGUUGAUGAGAAUGAGCUUAAGGAUUCUAAUAACAGUACUCUUUGGUCACAUUCUGAUAUUAAUAAACUUCUUGACAUAUUGGCUAUAAACUGGGAGUUAUAUAAGUCUAAUAAAACUAAAUUCUGUGCAACUGCUGCUAUUAAAUUAGGAAAAAAUAAAACUGGAAUACAGAUAAAGACUAAGUUACAAAGCCUUAAAACGAAAUAUUCUAAUGAAAAAAAGGAAGUUACUGGUAAAGCAACAUCUAAAUGGCCAUAUUUAGAAAAAAUGGAUCACUUAUUUGGUAGUAGAGAAAAUAUCAAUCCAGAUUAUUUAAUUUCGUCUUUAUCUUUAGAUGAAAAAGAUAAGCUUACAGCCAGUAAUAAUAAAGAUAAGAAAAAAAGAAAAAUAAGUGAUACGGAUCAACUUUUUCUAGACGAAUUAAAUUAUUUAAGAGAAGCCAAAAAAAAGUCAUUAAAGAUGAAAGAAGAAAUAUCUAAACAGAAAACUUCAGCAGAAUUUGCACGAAUUGAUUUUGAGCGUGAAAAAUUUAAUAAAGAGUUUAAUGAAAAAGUUGUGGAAAGACAAAGUAGAAUAGACUUAGAGUAUGAAAAAUUAAGGAUGGAAAAUGAAAGAAUUAUUAAGCAAAUGGAAAUGGAUCAUCAAUUACAAAUAACAGAGCUUGAAUUCAAAUAUAAAUGUAAAAAAGAUAGUGAAAUUGAAAAUGAUUAG